AUGCUGCUGCUUGACAGAGUCCAUAGGGUCCCCCGUCAACGCCAAAUUCCAGAUACCUCUCCGAGAGAUGUCUUACUACGCGCGCAUUAUGAUCACGUGAAGGAGCACAUUCUAACAACUAGCAGGAAUAGAACGCAACCACCCGAGGGAUACGACAAAAUUCAAAUUUUUCCGGACCUCUCUGCAACGACUCUUCGCAGAAGGAAAGAAUUUGCUCCCAUCACGGCUGCCCUCCGCAGCAAUGAGCUGCGGUACUGCUGGGGGUAUCCCACAAAACUACAGUUUUUUAAAGACGACGCGAUUACAACUAUAUCCUCUAUAGAAGAUGGAGUCCGCAGGCUGGCUUUAUGGGGUAUUAACCUCCAAAUAGAAUCUACCCGCAAUUCGUCCAAUACCAAGCUUCAGUUGGAGUGGACAGCGUCUCCCGGCCGCCGCUAA